GGUUAAAAGUCAUUGCAUUAAUUUCUUUAAUAUUUUGUGAUCACAAGUGUCUUAAGACUCCUAAUUCUUUUUGAGGUCACUGUUGGUCUGUGUACAUUUUUUGAAUAAUAAAGCCUUUAAUGUAAGUUUCCGCAAUUUAAAUAUAAAGAAAAAAGGCUGUUUAUCAAACACCCAGUUCUUAGAUCCCCCAUGACCAACCAACCUCUAUAACAGUGGGACAGAGCAUGAGUCUGGCAAGGAGAAUUACAAUUUUCCGUGCUUAUUUCCUUCCCAACAGAGGAUGUCUUUGUUUCUUUGUCCAGAUCAAUGACAGAUUCCUGAAACCGAGGAGGGUUUUUUUCUUUCUGUUUUGAAAAGCGUCUCACCUGACCCCAUGUGAAUAUUUUAUGCAAGGGAGGGGCAGCGUGGCGUGUUCCAUGAAACAUCCAUUUUGUUCGCAAAUGUGACUCAGCAAAAGUGCCUUUAAAAAGUCGAAGAUCUGUGUGUGUAUACAUUUGUUUUGUGUAGAAUGUUAUGAUCUCAAAUGAGCUGUUAAAAAGCCUGUUUCAGGAAUGAUGGACGCUGUGUUUUUUGGGGCUGUCAUACUACAAGUUUUGACAUCUGCUCUCUGCUAUCCAAACGGGGCACCACCUUCAACAUGUGUGGAUAUGAUGCCAAGGCAUGGAGGGAUAGCUCCCCAGCCAAACCCUGCUCCGUACACCAUCCAGCCAAACAGCACAACUUUUCAGACUGGCACUCCCAUCACAGUUGUAAUCAAAGGUCCAGACUAUAGUGGCGUGCUCCUUGAGGCUCGCUCUGGAUCCGGCACAAAUGCAAUAGGAACCUGGCAGACGCCUCCAACAAACACAAAGUUUUUAGCGUGUUCAGGAAACCAGCAAGGUGCCAUCACCCAUGCCAACACCAACAUAAAAAACAACUCCACCCUCUAUACCUGGAUUCCACCAGCUACAGCAAAAAGUGUCUUCUUCAUGGCCACCGUAGCCCAGCAGCGCUCUGUGUUCUGGGUAAAUGUGAAAUCACUGACUCUGACCCAAAGUGGAGGAGGAACAUCACUUGAUGUAAAUAAUAGUGCCGAAAAGAUUGCCACACCUGUCCUGAUACUUCUUGUUGUCCUGCUGGCAAAUGUUCAAUGUUUUGUUGCUUAACAGUGAUCCAGACUGAGUAAAUUAUAGUUGCUCAGUUACUCAGUAUAAAAUAUUUAAUCAGCAUUAAAUAUUAAGAUGCAGAAUUUUAUUUGUCCGAGUAAUAUUUAGUGGGUAGUUACAUUUAAACUGAAUUCUCUUUAAUAUAUAUAUAAAUAAAAAAAUGCACUAUAAUGUC